AUGUCGGCGUCCCUUGCCGCAUUUGAACGCCCUCGUGUUGUCAACUCAAAUGCGGUAUUCAAGAGUGGGCAUCUGCUCAUAUCUUCCAAAGGAUUAGGAUGGAAGUCUUGGAAGAAGCGAUGGUUCAUCCUUACGCGCACCUCCUUGGUUUUCUUCAAGAGCGAUCCUAGUGCACUUCCUCCGCGUGGUGGUGAAGUAAAUCUGACUUUGGGUGGAAUUGAUUUGAAUAAUUCAGGAAGUGUUGUAGUUAGAGAAGACAAGAAAUUGCUAACCGUUCUAUUUCCUGACGGUCGGGAUGGACGAGCAUUUACUCUUAAGGCAGAGACAAUGGAGGACCUGUAUGAGUGGAAGACGGCCCUUGAGCAUGCUCUUGCCCAAGCACCAAGUGCUGCUCUUGUGAUGGGACAUAAUGGGAUAUUCAGAACUGAUAGUAAUGAUACGAUAGAAGGAUCUUUGCAUCAAUGGAGGGACAAACGCCCAGUUAAAUCUUUGGUUAUUGGACGUCCAAUUUUGCUUGCUCUGGAAGAUAUAGACGGAGGACCAUCCUUCCUCGAAAAAGCACUUCGGUUUCUUGAGAAGCAUGGAGUUAAAGUGGAAGGGAUUCUGAGGCAGUCUGCAGAUGUAGAAGAAGUGGAGAGAAGAGUUCAAGAAUAUGAAGGAGGCAAGACUGAGUUUAAUCCUGAUGAGGAUGCCCAUGUUAUUGGUGACUGUGUUAAGCAUGUUCUUCGUGAGCUACCUUCAUCUCCUGUUCCUGCAUCCUGCUGUACUGCAUUGUUGGAAGCUUACAGAAUUGACCGAAAGGAAGCUCGGGUGAACGCAUUGCACUCUGCUAUACAAGAAACAUUCCCUGAACCAAAUAGACGGCUCUUACAGAGAGUUCUUAAGAUGAUGCAUGUAGUUUCCUCCCAUGCUUCUGAUAAUCGGAUGUCUUCAUCGGCAAUAGCUGCUUGCAUGGCUCCAUUGCUCUUGCGGCCUCUUGUAGCUGGUGAAUGUGAAUUAGAGGACGAUUAUGAUACCAACGGAGAUAAUUCUGCUCAGCUUCUAGCUGCUGCCAAUGCUGCUAAUAAUGCUCAAGCAAUUAUUACAUUUCUGCUUGAGGAGUAUGAAAAUAUUUUUGAUGUCAACAGUGUGCGCAGAUAUUCCAUCUCGGCUCAUUCUCAAGCCAAUUCUAGUGGAAGUGAACAUACUAGUGAUGAAGAACACCCUGGCGUGAAGAUCAAUGGUUAUCAUGAUGCUGAAAAUGAAGUUGACCCUGAAGUAGACAUUGAUCGUGAUCGCAGGCUCAGUGGGAAGUUAAGUGAAAGUAGUGGCUCUGCUGCCAUUGAUCUGUAUGACUAUAAGGCUGUUCAGAAUGAUGCUUCAGAUGAUGGAUCGCCCACGAACAGUAGUACUUUGGCAACAAUGAAAGCAAAUUUGGAAUCUAGACUCCUUAGUUAUCCUAUUUCAGCUCAUGAGCCACUAGACCAACAAAAAAGGGCAAGUGAUAGCAUGACUGAUGCUUCUGCUGAUGUGCUUGGUAAUGAGUCGCAGCGAUCCAUGGGGGAUCUUUUGUCUUCUAUCGAUCAUGAGCUACACCAGUCUAUUCUUGGAACGGAAUUAUUGCCAGAUACACCGAUGCCUAAACCUAGGAAUCCUAAUCCGAGUGGCAAGAAAUCGACAUUCUGGGGAAAGAGAAAGGUAAAUGUUCCUUUUGUUAUUUGA